AAGAUGAAUAAGAUGGGAAGAAUUGGACUUUUUGUUCUACUGCAAGUCAUUGCAAGUCACGGUGCAAAUGCUGGUAAGUUGGGGGAUACUAAGCCAUUCUAUUUUGUCUGUUGUCGCAAGUACUGCUUUGCACAAAGUUACCUAUACAAGAAGAGAUAAAUCAGUGAAUAGGCAGAAAACAGACCCUAACAAUGCAAAUUUGUUCAUCAGAUGGAAUGAGUAUAAUAUCUACUUAAUCACAUUAAAGAUAUAAUAUAAUUUCUUAAUUGAAUUGAUGUUUUAUUUUCUCUUGAACAGUCUUGAUUAUUUUACUUCAGGAAGUUUUGCUGGGUAUUUAGGUUGCUACAAAGACAAAGACUUUGAUGAAAGAGCAGUGUGGAAACCAAGGGAAACUCUUAAAAUCAAAAGUGACAAAAUGACAGUUAGAUAUUGUGUUAAUUACUGCAGAAAAGGAAGAUACAAGUACAGCGGUGUGGAACACAAAGAUGAAUGUUUCUGUGGUAAUAAUGACAACCUGAUGAGAUAUUCAGGUGGCAAGAAAAUCAAUGAGAGCGAAUGCAAUCAAAGGUGUAAAGGAAACAAGCAACAAAUAUGUGGAGGGGACUGGAGGAUGAACGUCUAUCUCACUGGGAACUGCAGCAGUGAUUGGCUGAUGACAAAUGGGAGUGUAGUUCGCGUAGACAAACAUCAAGGUCCCUUCCUGUUUGGAGAUACAGUGAGUGUCCAGUGUCAUGCUGGUGAAAUGGUACUAGGACCUAAGACUGCUGUGUGUACUAACAACCCAAGGAAACGGGGGUUUGCAGUGGCAUGGAACAAUACACUGCAGUGUACAGGUAUACCUGGCUAUGUGGGCUGUUUUGCUGCCACAGACUUGAGAGACACAAUCAACAUGACCAUGCAGGACAUGGAUUCCAGCACAUGUAUUGAGUUCUGUAAUGGAACUGCAGGGUAUGAGCUGGCUGUAGUCAGACACCACUAUUGUUACUGUGGACAUGACAACUUACUGGGGGCUGCUGGGGGGAACUGUACUUCACCCUGCACAGGAGAUAACACUCAGACAUGUGGAGGGGAAACCUCAGUGUCUGUGUACAGAGGUAUGGGUGCAUAUCAAUAUUUCUGAAUAGAAGUAAAGGGACAAGUUACCGUUUGUGUAAUGAUAAUGUCAUCAUCAGUCUAUCUGAGGUAAGGGGA